AUGAUUAUUAUCCCAUAUACCAUAGCCGUAAUAGUGAUAGGCUGUAUUCUCAAUAGUAUGGCCUUGGUGGCUUUCACUUUUCGGGGCAAGAAUAGGGGAUUCAGAUCGAGUCAUGCCAAAUACAACCUUUACUUGGGGGCCUUAUCUGUCUGGGACACCUGCACUCUGAUCUUCAAUUUCGCUGUUGGUGUCAGCAGAGCUUCCCUCCUCUCAUUCAACGGCCUUUAUACACGUUGGCCGGCGCUGUGUUCCUGUCACGGUGUCUUGGUAGAAUUUUUUAACCUUCAAUCGGCAUGGACUAUUGUCUCCUUUUCGGCUGAACGUCUAUUAACCACGUACCUACCUUCCACCUUCACGCCCAGGAAUCAAGAACCUAGGUUCAUUAUGAUUACCGUAUUUUUCUUCGCGACAAAUUUAUCCCUCUCCUGUUUGAAACUUUUAGUGAGCGGAUUCGAAGGAAACAGUGUUUUUGGGUAUGUUCCCUGCAAAAAAUCUAAUCUUAUAGAUCGCGCACUUAUUAAACCGAUUAAUAUGAGUGGCCAUAUUUAUGGCCCACAAUAUAGUAACUGCACAUCUAACCUUCCGAAGAUCCCUCGAGUAUCGCCAAGGAGUUUUCGCCUCAACGGUAUCCUGUAUAUGCUGGUAGGGCUCAACACCUGGGUACCCGUGAUGUGCAUUUUAGCGUGUAACAUAUUGAUAGUGCGGAAGAUAUGGACCAAUCGCAACAAGGUUCAUGUGCGUUCCGUUAUGUCAACAACGACCAGCUCGACAACUAGAGUCACGUAUGUCGGUCAAUACAAAGAUACUCUUGCCAUACCUUGCCCUUCGAAUUGUCUGCAAACAAACCCGAAUAUAAAACCAUUGGCCGAAGCAAAAUUAUCUAGCGAAACAACCAUGGUAGAGCUUGAUAAUUCCAUUCAUUCCAUGCGCACAAGAGAAAUGGGAAGCGGAUCUGAUAGGAUCCUAAAUUCAGUGAAUCAGCCAGAACAUUUUGUAAAACUGUUCGUUAACAGAGUUAAACAGCUCCUUGAUAAUGGCGGAGCGACCGUUAGAAAUGCUAACUCUCAUAUUUCUAGUAAGGAGGCACGAGCCACCAAGCUUUUGCUGAUGGUUUCGACGGUCCAUCUAAUAUGCAUAACUCCCAUAGGCGUAGUUCAGACUUUGGAGCUGGUAUUCAGGAAUUCUACUUUGUUCAAGCAGUUUCCUCCUCAGAUUCUCGCCAACACCAAAAGAGUGAGGAUAGCCCUCUUCGCCCUCUACGAAUUGGCCUUUGCCACGAAUUUCAUAUGGUAUCUAAUCUUUCCUUCCAACAAAUACUUCAGAAAUUUCCCAUAUUUUUUGAAAAAUAUUUCAUAA